AUGAGCGGAAACAGUGACUAUGCAGCAGGAAGAGGGCACACUGCAGCUGCUCCUGUGAGACGAAACGGGGAGCUGCUGUAGAGGUUACCGCGGUCUACAAAUUGCUGAAGAACCAAAAUUUUAGCUGAAUUCCAGUUUUAAAUCACAGGGGAAGGCUUUUCUAUUUACUGGUGCGCGCUUCUUCGCCCUAGUACUGGGGUAUAAACGCGCCGCGUACUGAACACGGUCACGGACAGCCGGAUUGCUCAGCUAGGCCGAGCGUAAUCCCGUAUCAGGAGAGCAGGUCACGGUGAAGCAGACAAUUUCGACGACGUUUGGGAGGAAGGUUCAGCGGGCAGCGACGAGGACGACGCGUCGAUAGACGGUAUAGACGACAGCGGGUUCGAGCUGGAAGGAGAAAAGGACGUCUUGGAUUACGACGAGUCAUAAUUCAUCUUACCGAUGGUCCUCAACUGUGCAUACGAGUCUGUUGCUACAAGUAUCCCAAGAGGGUGCAGCGGCUUUUUUUUUCUGGCAGGAUUGUAGACCUGCUAAGUUCCUGUUGUUUAACAGUUCUCCCGUCGCACGAGAGGUGUCUUCUCUUGCUCCGUGACUGGUGUGUUACAUGCAUAGAUCUACAUGAGCUUCGUCUGGCGACCGAAGUUUUUCUCUUUUUGUGAUGUUGUAUUAUGGCGCUUGGAUAUUGUUUUUGUUGGGUCGGUUUGUAUUACCGUACUUUUAUUUCUAUCAAAGGUGUACCCCUUCUUUGGGUACAAGUAGUUGGCUGGUGACAGCGGAGCCGGAACGGUAGUUCAAUGUGAAGACAACAACAACAACCUGUCGCCCACAUUUUGGGAUGACCCUCACGUCUGCGGGAGUACGGAUUGCAACAUGUGACCUGCGCCGUUACACACCAGCCCAAGACCAACAGUACCAUCCAACUGCCGGUCGUCUGCUUCGUAAGAUAUCAUUGGGGUCCCAACAUUACGCCAUUGACGGCGGUUCGUCGAAAUCCUACACCAGCACGAAAACACACGGAAAAACAAAGGAAAACGGUGUAACCUCCAAUGCACGGGGUCCGCAUCUCACAACUCCUACAUGAGCGCAACAGACCUUAGCCAGGCAAGGAAAAGCAAAUUGCGGGUUUGGUGUGCUCUUUCUGCUCCCGUACUGCCUCCCACACAAACCACGCCUCCG